GGAUUCUUCUGGACAAUACAUCUUCAACCAAAAGUUAGUUUUCUUUGUUGGCUUAGAAAUGGCAACGGCCAGAUCAAUUGCGCUAAAAGCAGUGAAUACCGGUCUAUGGAGUCUAAACCGGAGUUUGCCCAAGGCCCCAAUCGUCAGGGCAUUGUCGACAAUCAUGUCUCCGCCUUCCAAAGCAGUCGUCUACGAGCACCACGGCCCACCAGACUCCGUCACCAGAACGGUAGAGCUAUCCCCAGUAGAAGUGAAGGAGAAUCAAGUUUGCGUUAAAAUGUUGGCUGCUCCCAUUAAUCCCUCUGAUAUUAACCGUAUUGAAGGAGUAUACCCUGUGAGGCCACAAGUGCCUGCAGUUGGAGGCUAUGAAGGUGUUGGAGAAGUAUAUUCUGUUGGUUCUGCAGUUAAGGGUCUCUUGCCGGGUGAUUUGGUCAUUCCGUCUCCACCCUCCUCUGGAACAUGGCAAACUUAUGUUGUCAAAGACCAUGAUUCGUGGCACAAGAUAAGUAAAGAUUCACCAAUUGAAUAUGCUGCAACAGUUACCGAUCCUUUGACUGCUUUAAGGAUGCUUGAAGAUUUCACAACUUUAACUGCAGGGGAUUCUAUCGUUCAGAAUGGGGCCACCAGCAUUGUGGGCCAAUGUGUAAUCCAACUUGCAAGAUAUCGUGGCAUCCAUAGCAUUAACAUUAUCCGGGACAGGGCUGGAUCGGAUGAAGUAAAAGAAAAACUAAAAGCUCUUGGUGCCGAUGAAGUAUUUACUGAGAGCCAACUGGAAGUGAAGAAUGUUAAGAGCCUUCUGUCAAAAAUACCCGAACCUGCUCUGGGAUUGAACUGUGUAGGUGGAAAUGCCGCUUCUUUGGUUCUCAAGUUCUUAAGGCAGGGAGGAACUAUGGUAACAUAUGGUGGAAUGUCCAAAAAGCCUAUCACCGUAUCAACUUCCUCGUUCAUUUUCAAGGACCUUUCCUUGAGAGGAUUCUGGCUGCAGAAAUGGUUAAGUGCCGAUAGAGCGAAAGAGUGUAGAGAUAUGAUCGAUUACCUACUAUGCCUGGCACAAGAGAGGAAGUUGAAAUAUGAGAUGGAGUUGGUUCCAUUUGACAAUUUUCACACUGCAUUGGACAAGGCACUAGGGAAACAUGGGAGUAGGCCAAAACAAGUGAUCAAAUUCUAAAUCUCUGCAUCUUUCUUCUUCGAUUAUAAAGGUGCUACUGUAUGACUUAUAU